ACCAUGCAACUCCACGGCCGAAGCUAAGAUUUCCUAAAACCUGAAACGCAGCACAGCGCCACGUCAGCUGAUCGCUGCCAGCGCAAAACAAAAGUCACGUGAGUCCCGUGCACACGUGACACUCUGGACCCGGAACCAACAUGACUGCAGCUCCACAACCUGUCUUCUGGCUGGGUAAUGACACCCUGAGGGUGUCUGCUGCCCUUUUUGCAGAGAACCGUCAAAGACUGUGCAAAGGGCUCAAAGCUAAAGAUGGAGUGGUGCCAAAGUCGGUGGUGGUGCUGCAGGGAGGAGAGCAGAAGCAGAGGUACUGCACGGACACAGACCUCCUUUUCAGACAGGAGUCUUUCUUCCACUGGGCUUUUGGAGUAACUGAGGCUGACUGUUACGGAGCCAUUGAUGUGGACUCUGGGAAAUCCAUCCUUUUUGUUCCCAAACUGCCUGAAAGUUAUGCCACUUGGAUGGGAGAGAUCUUUAAGAAAGAGCACUUCAAGGAGAAGUACGCUGUUGACGAGGUGCAAUACACCUGUGAUAUUGUUGAUGCCCUGUCCAACCUGAAACCAGCCAUGCUCUUAACUCUGCGAGGACAGAAUACAGAUAGUGGGAGCACUUGCCGUGAAGCCUCCUUUGAAGGAAUUAGUGGGUUCCAAGUAAACAACACUCUCUUACACCCAGUCAUUGUGGAAUGCCGUCUGAUUAAGACUGAUAUGGAGCUGGAGGUCCUGCGCUACACCAACAGAGUUUCCAGUGAAGCCCACAAAAUGAUCAUGAAGCACGUGAAACCCGGACAGAAAGAAUAUGAAAUGGAGAGCCUGUUCCAGCACUACUGCUACACUAAAGGAGGGAUGCGCCACACUUCGUACACCUGUAUCUGUGGAACGGGCCAUAAUUCCUCUGUCCUCCACUACGGCCAUGCUGGAGCUCCCAAUGAUAAGUUGAUUAGUGAUGGAGACAUGUGUCUGUUUGACAUGGGUGGAGAGUACUACUGCUACUCGUCAGACAUCACCUGCUCCUUCCCCGCCAACGGCAAGUUCACUCCAGACCAGAGGGCCGUCUACGAGGGCGUGCUCAAGUCCUCCCGGACUGUCAUGGCUGCCAUCGAACCAGGUGUGAAGUGGACUGACAUGCAUCGCAUGGCUGACAAGGUUCACCUGGAGGAGCUGGUGAAGAUUGGCAUCCUGAAUGGCAGUGUGGAGGACAUGAUGAAGGUGCACCUCGGCUCUGUCUUCAUGCCCCAUGGCCUGGGCCACCUGCUGGGCAUCGAUGUGCACGACGUUGGAGGUUACCCUGAGGGGGUGGAGCGUAUUGAUGAGCCUGGACUGAAAAGUCUUCGGAUGGGCCGCCUGGUGCGGGAGAGGAUGGUCCUCACCGUGGAGCCCGGCAUCUACUUCAUCAACCACCUGCUGGACCAGGCCCUGGCCAACUCCUCCCAGAGCUGCUUCAUCAACAACCAAGUGCUGGCUCGAUUCCGCGGCUUCGGAGGGGUCCGCAUUGAAGAUGACAUAGCAGUGACAGCGGAUGGCAUCGAGCUGCUGACCUGCGUCCCUCGCACCGUGGAGGAGAUCGAGGCGUUCAUGGCCGACUCUGCCAAAACCUUCAGCCCCGUCGUCAGCAGUGAAAGACUCUGAGUGACAUGGCAAAAUGGCAUCUCUCAUAAAAUCUUAAAGCCGUACAAAGAAUAAUCUUCAAGAAAACAGACGUUAUUCUCAUAUUUCACUUUUUAUAACAAUCAAGAUUAUUACAGGUGUUAUAGCUCAUGCUUUGGCUUAAAACAUAAAAAAAAUGAUUAUAAUUAUCAACAGAAUGUGAAGAAAUACAAACAGUUUUGACAUUAUGUCAAAGAUGUUUAUCUUUUGUGUUGAUAUCUUCUAAAGUUAGCGUGCUAACCAGGUAGCCCUGGCCUGUUCGAACUUAUAAUUCCACUUUGUACAUCAAGAGGUCAUAGUGAGUCACUGUAGCCAUAGAAAUCCACUUGCAAAAACCUGAACAGAAAAGCUUUUUGCACCUACCUAAGUUGAUUCUGCAGCCGAAUGUGGUAUAUUGCCAGGAGAAGGUUGUGGUGAUCGUUGCUUGCAAAGAUCUUCAGCCAUUGUUGUAUUUUAGACAGCUGGUUAGCAUGCUAACUUCGGAAAAAGCAAAGUCAUAGAAACAGAACUUAAACAAGAGUUAACAUUGGCGUUGAUUUCCACUGCUAGAGAGACGGCACAGUGAAUUAAGGAAUGAAGUUUGAUGCUGAACUCAAAACAUUAAGAUGCAAUAGCAAAAGCUUACAUGUAGAAGUAAAAUCCAUAAAUGACUAACGAGCAUAAACAGUAUCUUUAUAAUCAUUUGAAAAUGGUUAGCAACAGUCACUUUCAGGCAGCAGCGGGAACCUCUUUCCUAUUAUGGGCCAUUUCAGUUUUUAAUAACAUCCUUCAAGGCCUUACUAAAGUAUUGAUUAUUAUCAGACUAACCUCUGUAAAGGGAUGGCUGGAACUGCUGCUCUUUGGCAAAGUGUCUGAUGUCAGAUGGUAGUGGUGAUGCUACUCAUAGCUGGGUUUUUAACCAAAACAUACAACAUAUCCUCACCUGUGGUAGUGCCAUGCAUUGCUUGCAAAGACAACAGUUCCUCCUUUGUUAAUUGCUCUGCCUCUUUUUUUAAGAAAUUCUUAUUCUUUGUAAACAUUGAUUCACAAAAAUACUUUUUUGAAUAAAACAUUUUCAAACGCAA